AUGGCAAUGUCUCUAAUAAUUCUUGCGAUAUUUAUAAAUCAAGUCAACUUACAAACAAGUGUCGCUACGUUCAAUGCAGGAAGUGAAGUAAACAGUUUAUCAGAGCGACUUAAGGGUACAAAAAUUUUGCAGACACAAAACCAAGAGAUUCAAACGCCAUCGGAAACGACGCCCGCGGCCCCCACCGGAAACAAUCUUAAUGCCAUUGGCAGCACCACAUCGACCUCUUUAGAUGUCCCAGAAAAGAAUUUCCAAGCAAUCUUUACAAUUUUCUCACAGAAAAACAAGAAAUCUAAUGAUGAAAAUCACAGCCACGCAGGAAAUUUCGAAUUAUUUUUUAAUGAAAACAUCGCGAGGAAUAACGAUGAUUACUUAGAAAGUACUAAAAACAAUCAAAUUGCUAUAAAAUCGGAAUCCCUAGUAUGGGAUAACUGUUUAGAAACAAGUUUUAAAGAUAGUCCAUUAACUGAUGUUAAAAACCAAGAUAUGCAAAACGACAAUCAUGAUCAUUAUUAUCAGGAUAAUAAGGAAAUUGGUUUGUGGCAAAAAAGAGAUACUGGAAAUUUUAAUUUGAAUUCUACUGCUGGACAAGCUUGGUUGAAAAAAUAUAACAACUUAUUAAAUUCAAAAUCGGAAGAACGACGUCCACAAAAAUCUGACACAUCUCUGGUUAAGAAAAUGCCUGGGACACCUACCAGUAUUUCAACAGUAUUGCCGACAUCGACUAUUAGAAUUAUACCCAUUACCAGAGAAGUUUUUAAAGAACAAGUAAAUAUUUUUAACACAACAGAUGAUAUAACAACAGACAGUGAUAUAGGGGAUAGUUACACCGAAGACUGGUUUGAGGAAAAAGACGGGAGUAAAAUAAGAUUUGGGGGCCUGCCACAGAAAGAAAAAUAUUUAUUGCCGUCGUUGAAACUAGAUGAAGCAUUUCAUCCUUUUAGUUUCAUGUCGGAGUUUUUUUAUCUAAUUUACCCGUUUGAUUUCCCAGUAGGUAAGUAA